AUGUCGGAUCCUAACAAUCCAAACAUUGGCAAGCGGACUACGCCGCAGUGGGCGUUGUACCAAAGGGAGAGUUUUUGGAACACCAACAACGGGAAAUAUCCCAUUUUUAACACAGACCCCGCCGAGGUUGAGAAACUUGCAAAGGAACGACUAUCGCAGGGCGGAUGGUACUAUUCAUCUUGCAAUGCGGGCCUAUCUUGGACACAUUUAGCAAACCGUCAAGCGUUUUACAGGCACAGAAUUAUUCCUCGAACACUGGUUGACACAAACGUCCGCGACACUGCCACAGAAAUCUUUGGCCACAAGGUGUCUGCCCCAAUUGGUUUCGCCCCCAUUGGCAUCAAUCGCAUAUAUCAUCCAACAGGAGAGCUGUCCGUCGCCAAAGUCGCGCAAGAGCUAAAUCUCCCGUAUUGCCUGUCCUCCGCAGGAAGCUACAGCAUUGAGGAUGUCGGCAAAGCAAAUGGCUCUGGCCCACGAUUUUUCCAACUGUACCAGAGCCCUGACGAUGAGCUCUGCAUUUCAAUGAUGCGGAGGGCUUUUGACUCUGGAUUUGACGUCUGUGUGCUGACUACGGAUACGUGGUCGCUUGGCUGGCGGCACAAUGAUGUGUUUACGGGGAAUUAUGCAUUUUACCAUGACCAUGGUGCUGGAGAUGUUGGUCUGCAGGAUCCGGUGUUCAAGAAGAGACUUGAAGAAGCGGGCAUUGACCCCAAGGAAAAGCCAAAGGAGGCCGGCGCCAAAUGGAUCGAUGAAUAUAUCUGGCAUGGCCAUGCGCUGACCUGGGAUAAAGUGAAGUGGACAAUGGAACAGUGGAGGAAGAUUAGCGGUGGCCGGCCAUUUUGCCUCAAGGGCAUACAGAGGGUUGAAGAUGCCAAAAAGGCUGUUGAAAUGGGCGUGGAUGGCAUCGUCGUUUCCAAUCAUGCUGGAAGACAAGUCGACGGAGCCAUUGCAAGUCUAGACGCUCUCGAACAUAUUGUUCAAGCGGUCGGAGACCAGACCUACGUCAUGUUUGACUCGGGCAUUCGGAGUGCCGCCGAUGUCUUCAAAGCCCUCGCCCUUGGUGCCAAGUUUGUGUUCCUCGGCCGUCUUUGGGUUUGGGGACUAAGUAUUGCGGGCGAUCAUGGAGUCCGACAUGUCAUGAAGAGUCUGUUGGCAGAGUUUGACAUUCUCAUGGAGGUCGGAGGCUUUCGAAGAAUUGGGGAGAUUGACAAGACGUGCAUUCAUUCACUGCCGAACUCGGCUUCUCUAAUUGCGGAGAAGUGCGCCAUCUAG